AUGCCCAAAGAUGUUCAUCGUCGCAUAUGUUCGACAUCGUACAACCCACGUUCGAUGUCCACUUCCUCAGGUUCAAUUACGGCUGGCAGCCGCCACGAGCGGCAUCUACGCAAGUCAGAACUUGAAGAUGUAUUGUAUCCGUAUACGGUUGAAAAGGAUCUUCUACUUUCAUCCUACAGCAGUGAUUCAAUUGUGGUCUUGAAAUAUCUACCAUGCGCAGACUAUGACGCCGUCUCUAAACUGCUGAUUUUGAGUGGAUUUCGGUCCUCUGUCAAGGUUAUCCGCCUUUGCCCAGCGAAAAGAAUGGCGCUCAUUGAGUUCAGCCAACGACGCAUGGCCGAAUCUGCUGUUAAAACUUUUAACGGCAUGCCUAUCGGCUCUUUUAUCUUACAGGCAGAAUUACGAAACGGCGACUUCGCAGGUGAACCCCCAAAGCCUGAGAUAGAUGCUGUUGACCUCGUGAAACAUACGUUAUACGGCUCACUAAAUACAGCUGUAUACGAAGAUAGCAGCAGCGAAGACGAGGAAUCGCGCUCGUCCUCCCCUGAGCGGCCGCUGGCGGUACAAGAAUAUCAGUCGUCCAUCGAAAUCCUCGCAGCGCUCGACGAUCCAUCGGUCGUUAAUAGUGAAAUGAAUUCGCCUCUAAGAUUCGAUCUGAACUUGAGGUCAUCCCGGCCCAAGAUCACUUCAACGACAGGGGGGAAGGUUCCUUUCAUCAGGCGGCAUGGUCCCAUGCCACUGGCAGAAGACAUACAGCAUCCAUCAACUGUCGUAGAUAUCCCUACGGCAGCCCAUAGCCGAGCAAGAAGGCUACUCGUUUCGAAGAGUGUAUAUGUGCCUUUGACUACAAUAUCGAUGCGUGCAGACGCUCAGUUUAUCAACCAUACAAAACGGUGCCGAAUAUCUGCAUACUCGCUCCCUUUCGAAGGCUCUUACCGACAUGUCGAAGAUGCGUGCAUCAUAGGCGACACCGUCGUCAUCGGCUAUCGAGACAGCCCUUCCCAAAUUUCCUUGAUUGACCACUUUGAGCCGGAGCGGCAACCUGCGCUUAAGGGCAUCAAUGCAAAACCACACCGCCAGAAGGGCUCUCAUGUGGGUGUCAGCUGUCUCUGUGGUAUGCCAAAUGCUCGGUUCCUCUCAGGUGGCUAUGACCAUGCCAUUAAUCUAUGGACAACCAAGCGCACAAGUCACGGUGAACUGACUGCAUCCGUUCAGCACUUAUCCACGCUCUCAGCCACCCCAAAUUCUUUGGGGUACAGGGAGUGCGAUGGCGUGCUUCUCGCUGGCUUCGGCCAAUGGGUAGCGGCUGUGAAUCUAGAAAGACCCACAGCAAAGCCACAGAUGGCUAAGCUUUCUAAUGUUAUCCACCAAAUUCAUCAACAUCCGUCGGACCCUAAUUUAACUAUCUUCGAGGCAAGUGGAAUGGAGACAUGCCGUAGAUUUUCUCACUGUGUGCCAAUAGGUGAACCAUCUCGACGAGCAAGUUAA